AUCAUUUACCAGCUUGUGACUGUAGCUAGUGGUUCUUUAUGUAUUACGGCGUAGUCUGUGCAACUAUAAUAUAAGGAAUUUCUCAAAGAAUUUAUCCGUGAUGAGGGUGCGAGUCCUCUUGGUAUUCAUUGUUUCAUUCACAAUGGUACCAACAGGGAAAGGAAAUAGAGCAUACACUCUUCCCAACCAAACAAAAAGAUACAGAUCUUUUACAAUAUCCGAAGUAGGUGACUGGAAUGUUAAUGGUAAAUGCUACAGACAUUUUAACGUCAAAUUGCCUGAAGCUACAGAUUUGAUAAAGUAUAAAUGUCCAAGUACGAAAUCUGAAACAAACGGGGGCGACUUUCUCAUCAUAGAUCGGACCCUAUACAGCGACAAGCGUAAUGAAGUCAUCGACACGUCAGGAUGCGUUAGAUAUAAGAUCACCACUGAUCAAGCCCAGGAAUAUUCAAUGAACGAGAAAGAUUGUACACAUAUCAAAAACGCCAUUGCAAAAGGAGUUUCUGUAAAGACUCUUGAAAAGAUGGAAAAGCAAGAACAGUAUUUGAAUGUGGAACCAGAAGAACAGGAUAGCAAGGUGGCACAGGAAGAAAGGGAUAGGAUUGCACAGGAGGAACGGGAUAGGGAGAUAGCGCAAGAACGGGCUAGGAUUGCAGAAGCACAGGAUAGAGAACGGGCUAGGAUUGCACAGGAGGAACGGGAUAGGGAGGCAGCGCAAGAACGGGAUAGGAUUGCACAGGAGAAACGGGAUAGAGAGGCAGCGCUAGAACGGGCUAGGAUUGCAAAGGAAGCACAGGAUAGAGAGGCAGCCCAAGAACGGGAUAGGAUUGCACAGGAGAAACGGGAAAGAGAGGCAGCCCAAGAACGGUAUAGGAUUGAAAAGGAGAAACGGGAUAGGGAGGCAGCGCAAGAACGGGACAGAAUUGCACAGGAGAAACGGGAUAGAGAGGCAGCCCAAGAACGGGAUAGGAUUGCACAGGAGAAACGGGAUAGAAAGGCAGCAGAGGAAUGGCUAAAACAAGAGAAGGAAAGACUUAAUAAACAAGAAAUUGAUAAGCAAAAACUUAGGGGACCGGAAACGACUUUAGAGACAUCUACUCUAGGGAAAAACUCAAGAGGAGUAAGCAAUGAUGAUCCAUUGCAAGAAAACAAUGUCAAGGAAAAGAAAACGGAGAAACACUUUUUUCUAAUCGAAUGGUUCUUAAUGAUCUGGCAAUCUUUGUUCGGUAAGCAGACAAACUAGAAAACAUAGAUUAAAUAGUUGAUAACUGAGAUAUAAUAUUUACUUUAAAUACAACUUUUCACUCCCAUCAGUACACAUUACACUUCAAUGAUAACCAAACUCAAAUCUUGUUUGUAAUCUUUUUGCAUCUAAAUUGUUUGUUGUUAAUGGCAAUUGAAUUUACUUUUAAAAUGUAUUGAUGUAGUUAAUUUUGUUUUUAAUAAAAUGAAUUUGAAGUGUUAUUGAUGCACCACUGCCAAAUGUUACAAACGUUUAACGUAUGGUGUACUGCUUUCAUACUAAACAUAAUAUCCUAUGGGAUGAUAAAUAGUGAAAAACGUGACGGUACAUUAUGGUUCUAUUGGGUGUUUUGCAUUAAAUGUAUAGAAAAAUCUGA